AUGUCUAAUCGAGGACUAGGCAUAACCCUCGGUCCCCAGUCUAGCCGAGAACUAAUCAUCCGUCCCCAGGGACACACACAUAGCACACCUCGUGAAAAGCGAAGGGACCGUGACGAGUAUGAACUCUACGUUCAAAUUUGUUAUCCAGGGUCUGACGGUGUCACCAUCCAUUGGAUGAUUUCUAUGAAGCAUCUAGGUUCUGAGCGUUGCACCCGGCUCCAUAGCACUGGCUACAUGGGUGAUCGUACAUUGACUAUCGAACCUAACAUGAGAUUUGAUAGCCGGUCUGUCGAACACACACACUUUCUCGGUAAGAUUGAUAGAAGAGACAGAGACAUUGUCGAGAUAGAGGCUGAGAAGAUUCCACUACAGAGCUGCCAACUCUGGGCUUGUUACCUGAUGCUUAGACUUGAGCGCAAGGGACUGCUCGAACGGGGGACCUAUAACCAUUACAUGCACUGUUAUCCACAUAGUCGUGUUGAGGAUUAUGGACCAGGACAUGAUGAUGCAUGCCCGGUUCAUGGACAUGGACGCUAA